AUGUUACAGUUCAGCAUUUAUCCACUGAAAGAACGCGCGCGCACACAUCAUUCCCUCCAACUCUCCGUUUCAUGGCUCAAACUUAAUCAUCUUCACGUCUUUCCCUUCUCCUUCUUUUAUCAUGCACCCUUUUCCGACAACUUUACGCUUCCUACACUAAAAUCGGCUGUCAACUAUGGCACGCGGGCAGACAAUCUCCCACCGCCCUCAACGGUGGCCACCUUCCUCAAAACUCAAACCACCAUCGACCGCGUCAAAAUCUUCGAUGCCAACCCCGACAUCCUCCGCGCCUUCGCCGGCACCGGAAUCUCCGUAACCGUCACGGUGGCGAACGCCGCCAUCCCCUCUCUCUCAACCCUUCCUGCCGCGCAAGCUUGGCUCUCCCAAAACAUCUCCCCCUUCCUCCCAGAAACCGCUGUGACGCGUAUCUCCGUCGGGAACGAGGUUGUGGAAAGCUCCGAUAAAACACUAAUCGACAACAUUGUUCCAGCUAUGAAAUCCCUGCACAAUGCUCUCUCCCUCGCCAACCACACUACCGUCCAAGUCUCCACUCCUCACUCGCUCGGGAUCCUGGCCUCGUCGGAGCCUCCCAGCGCCGCCUCGUUCCUCCGUGGCUACGACAAAUCCAUCUUUGCGCCGAUGCUGGACUUCCUCCGGCGUACCAAGUCCCCCUUCAUGGUGAACCCGUAUCCGUUCUUCGGCAUCGCCCCAACCCAACCCGAAACCGUGAACUACGCGCUCUUUAAACCAAACAGCGGCGUUUGGGACGCGGGCACGUCGGUGAACUAUACGAACAUGUUCGACGCGCAAAUGGACGCGGUUUUCUCGGCGAUGAAGAAACUGGGGUAUGAUGACGUGGAACUGGCGGUGGCCUAAACGGGUUGGCCCUCUGUUGGUGACCCGAAGGAAGGGGGUGUGAGUUCUGAGAAUGCGGCGUCGUAUAAUGGGAAUCUCAUCAAGCACGUCAGCUCUGGGAAAGGGACCCCUCUUAUGCCUGAUCGGACUUUCGAGACUUUCAUCUUCUCUCUGUUCAACGAGAAUCUCAAGCCCACAGUUUCUGAGCGUAAUUAUGGCUUGUUUAAUCCUGAUCUCAUCCCCGUUUACGACGUCGGCUUUUUCAUUGACAGACCCGCAUCUGGUCCCACGGCAUUAAUAACACCAUCAGAGGCACCUUCUUCUUCAUCAUCAUCAUCGUCUUCGAAGAAGAAAUGGUGCGUGCCAAAAGGGGAUGCGAGUGAAGCAGCUUUGCAGGCUAACAUUGACUUUGUUUGUAAAAGCAGUGGAAUAGAGUGUGGGGCCAUUAACGACGGUGGGCAAUGCUUCAAGCCCAACACAGUUAGGUCCCACGCGGCGUACGCCAUGAACGCAUAUUACCAAGCAUCUGGUGGUAACGAUUUGGAAUGUGAUUUCGGCAACACCGGACUCAUCACUCACACCGACCAUAGUUCCCAGGAAUGUAUGUCUCCAGAUGCCGCUACUGGGCUGAAGGCCAGAAAACCCGACGGAGCUGGCUCAGUAACACGGACCUUCCACAACAAUCUCUUCUUUAUUUGUAUUUCAAUUCUAAUUUCUUUCACUUUUUUCUAAUGUUAUUGUCUA